AUGAACGUACGAAAACUUCUCGAAUCAAUCCCUGAGCGCCAACGUGGUUAUGAAAGGUACUCAGAAGGCGAUUGCAAGCUGCGCGCAAAGAAGGGAUAUGAUCCUCGCACUGGCCGUUCAGUGAUGGUGUUCAAGAGAAGUGGCCCGGGCAGAAAGCAGGAACCUUGUGGCAUGCCGAACUGUCCGACUUGUGGUGUCUUCUGGCCUGACCAAGUCAGGNNAAUGGACAUGGAAGAUCUCGAGAGAACUAUUCCGGGCCUCGUCUCGGAUCAGCCUUACACCUCAAGUGCACGCAAGGCUAUGUUUGGUCCUUCUGCACCCUCGACGACUGGAUCCACCACUUCGACCCUCACCGAAUUCACCGAGAUCUCUGAGAUCUCUCAGGAGCUGCUGGGUCACGCCUCCGGGCCUGGCAUUCUCACACCUUCGUCAACAUGUUCUUCUGUCACGUUUUACGCGUCCAUCUUCAACAACAUUGGCAGACAUCGACGAAGACUUCGCAUCCCUCAGGGGCAGUNNCUGGCUGCAUCAUCGUCCAUCUCGACUUUGACCGAAUUUACCGAGCAAAGCCGUCGCUGUAGCAUGUCGAACGGCUCUGCUGCAUCAGCUGCUACCUCUUCGAGCGCCAUAUCCACCUUGACCGACUUCUCGGGGCUCGAUUCUUCAUCAUCAGUCUCCACUGCACCGAGUAGUCUCUCGUCGGUUCCACCUACCAUGUCUACAGUCACUACCGCCACUACCAUCUCCACCACGCGUCCGUAUAAGAUGGUGAAGGUCAAGAAANCACAGAGCAAUGAUCGAGAUGUCUGA